AUGGACACGCCUCCAAAUAACAAUGGUACUUCAUCAUCUAAUAAUUCAUAUGGAAAUAAUUUCACCACUCAUAAAAUAACUGUAACUGAGGGUCAGGACGUUGUGAGCAUAAUGAAAGAUUUUGCUAUGAAUUAUGAACCAAAUUCAUUAUUGACUGUUUUUUCUGCUAAUGGCUCAACAUCUUUAGUAGACAUUAUUAAUUGUGGUGACUAUAACCAAAUCAACAGAUAUGAGGGUGUUUUUAGAAUUAUGUCUGUGUCUUGGACAGUUGAACUUGAUUCAAAUCAUAGUCCUGAGAAUUAUGGUAUGUCAACAUCAUUGAAAGUUUUAUUGAACAAUUUAGAUACAGGCAAAGCUUUUGGUGGAAUUGCAGAACAAUUAGUUGCUGCUACACCUAUUAAGAUUUCUGUUGGGAGUUUCAAAAGAAGAGAUUAG